UCAGUCUCUCUCUCAGCGGCAUCACGUUGGUUCCUUAUUUUUAUUCUCUCUCUCUACGGUCCACCUAUUUCUUUCUCUCUGCUCUAAGUUUUGGGUUUCAGGAAAAAAAAGGUUAAGCAUGGGCGAGGCACAAAACAAUAUCGACAUGGACGAAGGAACCCUGGAGGUUGGAAUGGAAUAUAGAACUGUCUCGGGUGUUGCUGGACCACUUGUUAUCCUUGACAAAGUUAAGGGACCCAAGUACCAGGAGAUAGUUAAUAUUCGUUUGGGUGAUGGAACAACUCGACGUGGGCAAGUUCUAGAAGUUGACGGGGAAAAAGCAGUUGUUCAGGUUUUUGAAGGAACAUCUGGAAUUGACAACAAAUACACGACUGUGCAGUUUACGGGGGAGGUUUUAAAGACACCAGUAUCACUCGAUAUGCUUGGACGCAUCUUUAAUGGUUCUGGAAAGCCUAUUGACAAUGGUCCUCCUAUUUUACCUGAGGCCUACAGGGAUAUUUCUGGGAGUUCUAUCAAUCCAAGUGAGAGAACAUAUCCUGAAGAGAUGAUACAGACCGGAAUUUCAACAAUUGACGUCAUGAAUUCAAUUGCUAGGGGGCAGAAAAUUCCUCUUUUCUCUGCUGCCGGUCUCCCUCAUAAUGAAAUUGCUGCCCAAAUCUGUCGACAGGCUGGUCUAGUGAAGAGGUUGGAGAAGUCUGAAAAUCUUCUUGAGAAAAGUGAAGAUGACAAUUUUGCCAUAGUCUUUGCUGCUAUGGGAGUCAACAUGGAAACCGCACAGUUUUUCAAACGAGAUUUUGAGGAAAAUGGAUCCAUGGAGAGAGUGACACUUUUCUUAAACCUGGCAAAUGAUCCUACAAUAGAACGUAUUAUUACUCCCAGGAUUGCUCUGACAACUGCAGAAUAUUUAGCAUAUGAAUGCGGGAAGCACGUGCUUGUCAUUUUAACUGAUAUGAGUUCAUAUGCUGAUGCUCUCCGUGAGGUAUCUGCUGCCCGAGAAGAAGUACCUGGAAGGCGUGGAUAUCCUGGUUAUAUGUAUACUGAUCUGGCAACAAUCUAUGAACGAGCUGGGCGUAUCGAGGGAAGGACGGGCUCCAUCACGCAAAUUCCUAUUCUGACCAUGCCAAAUGAUGAUAUUACACACCCAACUCCAGAUCUUACAGGUUAUAUCACAGAAGGACAAAUAUAUAUAGACCGACAGCUUCAUAACCGGCAGAUAUACCCACCAAUUAAUGUGCUUCCGUCCUUAUCUCGGUUGAUGAAGAGUGCCAUUGGUGAGGGUAUGACCAGGAGGGAUCAUUCUGAUGUAUCCAACCAGUUGUAUGCAAAUUAUGCCAUUGGAAAGGAUGUUCAAGCGAUGAAAGCUGUGGUAGGAGAAGAAGCACUUUCUUCUGAGGACCUGCUUUACUUAGAGUUCCUUGACAAAUUCGAGAGGAAGUUUGUCGCUCAAGGAGCUUAUGACACCCGCAAUAUAUUCCAGUCGCUUGAUUUAGCUUGGACACUUCUUCGAAUCUUCCCUCGUGAGCUUUUGCAUCGUAUCCCAGCAAAGACAUUGGAUCAGUAUUACAGCCGCGAUGCAUCUAAUUGAUGGGAAGGAACUGGCUUUAUACUUUAGUCUCUUGUACAAUUAUCUUGGUGUGAGCUUGACGAUACAUUGGGUCACGAGCUUUUCCUCUUUGUGCAUUUCCUUUCAGCUAAAUAAUAAAAGCGGCAUUUGAAGACAAUGAUACUACUUUGAGAACCAGUUACAUCGUGUAAUUUAUUAUCUAUUGUAUUAAGAGGACAUGCUGCAGUGUAUUGGUUUUGUUUAAACUUCAGCAAUAUUAGGGGCUACUAGGAAUUAUAAAGCCCUUUUUUGUAUGAAGCACAAUUUAUUGUUAUAAGCUGAUUCUUUUUGAAUAACACAGCCUUGGAUCAGA